UGCUCUGCUCUCCCUCCCUACUGUGAAUCUGACAAGCCUGCCUUCCCUGCCUGCCGUCUCUCAACUCCACUGUUGCUCUGCUCACCAGCCUGUUUAAGUCUGCCAGGGACACACACACCUCUCUCCGCUCCGGCGGUCCACUGUUAACCUCCUUUAGCUGCUACUUGUCUUUGUAUUGGUUUUGGAAGUGUUGGAUAUUUCCUGGUUUUUGUGAAUGGGCGGCCGAUGCAAGGUGGCUGUGACUGUGAAUGGACUGACUGACUGUCAGCUCUGGGUACACUAUUCUGAAGAGGCAAUGUGACAGGUCUCUGGACACCACUGGUAGACUCUGAAUUAUAAACAAACGGAAAGAAAGGAAAUAAGAAGAUCAGAGAGAGGAGAAGGAGAGUCGAGGAUGGGCCACAGUGAAGAUGACCUGAUCGGGAUUCCGUUCCCCAACCACAGCAGUGAUGUCCUGUGCUGCCUUAACGAACAGCGCCGCGCCGGGUUGCUCUGUGACGUGGUGCUCAUCGUACGUGAUCAGGAGUAUCAGACCCACCGAUCUGUCCUCGCCGCCUGCAGCCAGUAUUUCAAGAAGCUCUUCACCGUGUCCUCGGACGGAAGGGACAAGCACGGGGUGUAUGAGAUAGACUUCGUGGCCCCCGAGUCACUGACGGCCAUCUUGGAGUUUGCCUACACAUCUACGCUAACGGUGACGGCGUCCAACGUGAAAGAAAUUCUCGGAGCGGCUCAGAUGCUGGAGAUCCCCUGCAUCGUCACUGUCUGUCUGGAGAUUAUGGACUCUGGCAAGGGAGGAGGAGGAGGAAGAGAGGGAGAUGAAGAGGAAGACGAAGAGGAGGAGGUAGAGGAACAGGAGGAGGAGGAGGAGGAGGAAGAAGAGUCGAGGAAGGACGAGCAGGAGGUUCAUGAGGAGGACAACGCCAGUGAGUGGUCUUCGAGGUCGUCAGAGAGUCAGGACCAGGCUGAGUCGGAGAGAGGAGCACCACCCAGUCCACCCAGUACCAGUCAGUACCAGCACCGGUACGAGCUGCAGAGGAACAGGAAGUGCACAGACAAAGACUCUCAGUGUGAGAAACCCAGCCCGGAGCAUGAGCGCAUGGAGAGCCGAGCCCUCAAGGACUUUUCCAUUGAGUCUCUGCUACAGGAAGGGCUGUACCCUAAACUGCCAUCAGUCCUGGACAGGAGGGACAACUUUUCCCCUCUGCUCCCUGGCUUCUACCCUCCCAUGUGGGCUGCAGAGUUCCCAGGAUUCCCCCCGCAGGUCCUAGACCCCAACCUCAACCCCAGCCACCACACCCAGACCCCGACCCUCCACCGUUCCUCCCACCCUUCUCAACUGGACAACCGACCCUUAGACCUGGCCGUGAAGAGAGAGGUCGUCAAGGAGGAAGUCCCUCCCAGCAUGCUCCACAGUGACUUCCUGAAAGACUUAAUGACCUCCGGCCUGGGGGUGGGGGUGGUACAGUCCGAGGGGCCUCACCUCCACCCGAGUCAGAUAAAGCAGGAGGAAGACUUCCGCUCAUACCUGAGCUUCCUGAGUGCAUCAAGCCACCUGGGGGUGCUGUUCCCUCCCUGGCAGAUGGAGGAGGAGAGGAAGAUGAAGCCCAAAGCAUCCCAGCAGUGUCCCAUCUGUAACAAGGUGAUCCAGGGGGCAGGGAAACUACCCAGACACAUGAGGACUCACACAGGAGAGAAACCAUAUAUGUGCACCAUCUGUGAGGUGCGCUUCACCAGGCAAGACAAGCUGAAGAUCCACAUGCGGAAGCACACAGGAGAGCGGCCCUACGUCUGCCUCCACUGCAACUCCAAGUUUGUCCACAACUACGACCUGAAGAACCACCUGCGUAUCCACACAGGAGUGCGGCCCUACCAGUGUGAGCACUGCUACAAGAGCUUCACACGCUCAGACCACCUGCACCGACACAUCAAGAGGCAGAGCUGUCGCGUCUCACGCCCUCGACGAGGCCGCAAGCCCGCCGCCUGGCGCUCAGCCAACAACUUCCUGCAGGGCCCUCCUAGCUCGGCCAAUCACCACGAGGAUGGCAAGGACGGCUGCCGGCUCCUGCCCUCUUCCCACAGAGGCGUUAGAGGUCACGGUCUGGGCCUAGGGGAGAGAGAGAGACAGGCCCUGGGUGCUAAGGGCCUGGGCUAUAAGGACUUGGACAGUGACAGCAGAGAGAGCCGGGAGGGCAGGAAGGCCAGAGAAGGCCGUGAGGCCAGGGAGGGCCGUGAGGCCAGGGAGGCUCGGCAUCACCAGUCAGACAGGAAGCAUGUGGUUGACAAAGUGGAGCUGGAGAGACAGAGGGGCAUGUUCACCUUUGCCCUGGCGGGGCCUGGGGGGGAAGUCCUUACCCACCCUCCAUUUUACACCCCAACCCCUGACCCCUGGACCAUUAGACUAGAGAACCACGUCUCUCCCAUCCCUGAGCCGACCAACUGACACAGAUUAAAGAUGAUAGAACAGAGAGAGAGCCGGCCAACUGACACCUGAACAGAGAGAGUACCGGCCAACUGACACCUGAACAGAGAGAGAGCCGGCCAACUGACACCUGAACAGAGAGAGAGCCGGCCAACUGACACCUGAACAGAGAGAGUACCGGCCAACUGACACCUGAACAGAGAGAGAGCCGGCCAACUGACACCUGAACAGAGAGAGAGCCGGCCAACUGACACCUGAACAGAGAGAGAGCCGGCCAACUGACACCUGAACAGAGGGAGAGAGCUGGCCAACUGACACCUGAACAGAGAGAGAGCCGGCCAACUGACACCUGAACAGAGAGAGAGAGCUGGCCAACUGACACCUGAACAGAGGGAGAGCCGGCCAACUGACACUUCCAACAGAUAACUGAUGCUUCAUCUCAGAACCAUACAGAACAGAAAGUUCUCUGCCUGAUAGAUGUUCUACCUGCUGUUUAGAGAUACAAGGAUAUUAGGCUGAGGAGAUGAGAGUUUGAGGGGAGUGAUGUCUGGGAAUAUAAAUGUAUAGAAAAUAGGGGAAUUACUGGAAAACAGUUGAUUUUAGACAUCUCAAAUCAAAAUCACAAGGAUUUUUAUAAAAACAUUUAAUUUGUAGAAAUAAAACUGGAUGAAUAGAUUUUGUAUGUUGCAAAAGUACACACACACAAAAGAAUACUCUCAGGACAUAAUUGUUUAUCUUUGGAUUGUAAUUGUUUAUCUUUGGAUGUAAAUGUCUAAUUCACAGCAUCAUUCAUAGUAUACUUACUAUUAGCAAUAGGUUGUCUCCCAAAUUCACAGUCUACAAAAAAAUACACCGAUAUCAGCCAUCAAAGUUAUUUAUAAACUACAAAUAGAUUCCAAAUCCAUCCAAAGUUGGAGACCAAUAUCAGUUCUAAUGGGCAGGGUAGUGUAAGCCACCGAAGAACAUUCAAAACCAGGACAAAAUGAUUCACUUGACUUAAAAAAUAAAAUACAAAUCUCGAUCCAAAACUGUUUUCACCCUUGUAUUGCCUUGUUCUCAGGUUUUGUAAAUAUAUACAAAAUGUUUUAAAGAUUUUGACCAUAGUAAUAUUGAUUAUUGUUGAAUUAUUACUUGUUGUUUUUAUCAUCGAUAACCCAUCCAAAGAUGUGCCGUUUGAUAUUUCACAAAUGUUUCAUAAGCCUUGGUAUCUGUGUUUCUUCUAAAGACCAAGACGUGUACAAUUUGUUAGACUGAUAUACACUGAAUUAUUGCUUUAGCUACGCCCUGCUCCUGAUUGGAGCAUUAAGACCUUUAAAGAGGUUUCUAAUCUAUGUUCAUACAGUGCUCUUAACUGAUUUAUGUAUAAAUACUGCUAUUCAGAAUUGUUUGAAUUGAAAUGAAAUGGGAAACUAUUUUCUUGCUAUUUAUGCAUAUUUAAAUGAGCCUUGGCUAUAUUUGUUUUAUAAAGACACUAAAUGUUGUA